UAUUUCAAGAGUACCCAGAUGCAGCGCCAAGAUGGCGGACCCAAAGAUAGAAAACCACAUUUACAAAACGCAAUAAGUUUCCGCAUUACCUCCGAUUGGCGGACCCAAAACAUGAACUUUGAACUUCUGCUUUGCGAUGCCAGAACAGUAGGUGGCGGUAUGUACCUACACUUUCUGACGGCAAAAUUUACAGAAGAAGAAGAACUCUCAGGAAGUUUGAAAAGAAGCAAGCCGUCCGCAUUCAUUCAAUCUCACAUCCGACCACUCAAACUAACCCUAACCCUGCAUUCCAUUGUUUCCAUCAUGGGAAAUCUAAGUGACGCUCUCAAAUUAACAGGAACAUUGCGCAGAAGAUAUGGACCGAGAAAACGGGCAGAGAUUUGGAGGUAUUUGUGCAUGCUCUAUAUUACAGUUGAAAAGUGUAUAACAGCUUUCCAAUGCUGUUACUUGUGGCGAACACCUUUUUGCUUGAGUUGAUGCGUGCCCGCAGGUGGAAUAAUGUCACAUGUCACACACAUUUUCUGUUGUUUUGAUUUAUUUACUCAUUCAUCAUUUUAUGUGCGCACCUGUCCUAAUCAACCCACCCAUUAAAUAGACAGGCACAAUAGCACCAUCUGCUGGCACAAAAAAUACAUAACAAUAAACUGCAAAACCCCAAUCUGGCUCCUACAAAGUGUAUGUGACAAGAUGAUUAACGUUUGCUUUUGUUAAAUCAGGGCUUCCCCAGCCAGGACUUCGGCUCAGACUGUGGCAUAUUCAUGUUGAUGGUAGGUCAUAACGCGCUGUAAUGCACAAAUAUUGUAUCUAGAAUAACUUUCCAACAUGGACUUUUUUAAAGUUAUCUCACAUGUUGUCUCAUAAUUUUUUUUUAAAAGUCUGCCAUGUACAUCGUUAUGGAGUCACAGUUUGACUACUCAGUUGUAAGUACUUUUCAACACGCAGUGUCAUCCUCAAGAUUGUAUUUUGUAUUGUGCACUAAAAUGAAAUACAAACAACAAUGUAGGUGCCAUAUGCAGAAGUGGUUAGGUUUGUGUGUGUUGACAUCAACUGUCUGGGCACGUCACGAGGGGGUGUGGUCAAGGCGCGGUGAUUGAAUGAUUGAAUGAAUGGACAUAUAGUCACCUGGGUGCUGCGGCGGCUGCAUGGAGAGGGGGUGAGUAGGGAGAGCGUAUUUUUUGUUGACCGCUUGAUUUAAACAUCAAACUAAGCCCAUAGAUCAUCUUGCCUUGCCUUGCCUUGCCCUGUCUGUCUGUUUGUGCGGCGUUGGAAAUAAAUGUGAACUCAGUCGGAAAACACGGAAAUGGCUUGUGGUUUGUGUAGCGAGUCACCAAUGCGGAAGCUCCCUCACUUAGCCUCUCAGUGACUGUGUUUUCGUUCCUAGUCACUAUAUUUUGUCAACAAAAAAGGAGUACCAACACCCGAACGGCAUAUACGGACGCGAUCACGCCACACGGUGUCUAACUGCAACGCCAGACUGAUCGCAACGUGGACUUCAGACCGGUAGGACUGUAUCACUCGCAUCCAUUCAUUCUGUGUAUGUUGGACGGAACGCAGUUUGAUUACAGCGCAUACAGCGCAUCCAUUGGGGAGCGCUGUGCGUGUGUGAAAGUCCGCUGAGACAGCCUGUCCUGCUCGUUGAGAGUAAAUACCUGUGGUGUUUUCCGAUGUUAAUUGAUGUGAAACAAUCUGUGGAAAAAUAAAACUAUGCUGGGUGUAUUGUGGAUUCACUGCGCGAACCACUGAACUGCCGAAUCUCAAAAGGACAAUAUGAGUGAAGCCAUGGAACAAGUGGAAAACAAUGAAACUGUGGUUGCUAAAAGGAAUGUGAAACUUACUGCAAAAGCAUUGGCAUAUAAAGUGGUAAAUCUACAAAAUGAACGUAAAACACAUGUGAAUAAAAUAAAAGGCUUAAUACCUGCAAUGAAAGAGCUGAUGAAACGAAAGGAAAAUGUACAGGAAGUGAAAUCUCAGUUGCAAACUAUUACUCAGCUCCUUGAUACUGCUAUCAACCUGCAUCAAACAAUAAUUCCACUGUUACCUGAGGAUGAAAAACUUAAACAGAAUGAUUGGUUCUCCAGUAUUGAACGUUACAGCAGUACAUUCAAGGAUGAUGUGAUUCAGUGGUUGGAUGAGAAUGAACAUGUUCUAAAUAUCGUGGAUAAUGAUGAGGCCGCAGCAACAAAGCAUGUGUGUGACCCUCAAAUAGAUGAUGCUUUACAGGCAGCAGCACAGGACACAGGCCCCAUCACACCUUAUGAAGGUCUACAGGAUGACGUGAACCCAAGUGAUAGCAUAUCAAAUGUGCAAAGCAAACGAUCUGCAAAAAGUGCUGUGAGUGGAAAAAGCUCUGGGAGUGGUAAAAGGUCCAACGUAUCAGGAACUUCUUCUGCUCGCAUCAAGGCAGAAGCUGAUUUAGCUGCACUGAUGGCACGGCAAAAACUUUUACAGGACAGACAUGCACUGGAAGAGGAGGAGCAGCAAAUACAGAAACGCAAGGAAAAGCUCAAGUUGGAUGAAGAGAUUGCUGCACACUUGGCUAAAGUGAGCGUUCUAAGGGCUGCAAGCAUAUCUGGUUCGAAAAGUACUACAACGGACAGGUCCAAUGCAAUGAGUUCCUACGUUAAAAAUGAACAAGAAACAACAAAGUUCAAUGUCAAUGCCACUCCUUUCAUUCCUCUGAGGCUGGAAACAUCUAAACAGCAAUCGAAAAUCAUGGACCGUGACCCUGUGACAAGGCCUAAAUCAGAUGGCUCGACCCAUGCUGCUCACUUUCAGCCUCCCACUUUAAAGAGCCACUUACCUGAUUUUAAUCCUCUGCUCAAUGCUCAUAAUGAUCACUUACAUCAUGGAAUCAGUCUUAAUGUUGGGGAUUCAGCAAGUCAUGGGGAGCAAAACAAUGUCCUUGAUAUCAUGAAAAGACAGAAUGAAAUCACAACACUACUGAUACAACAGCAGCAACAUGCGCUCUUGCCUAAAAGAGAUAUCCAGGUGUUUGAUGGUGACCCACUGCAGUUCCAUACGUUCCUGAGAGCCUUUGAAAACUGUAUUGAAAGCAAGUCCAACAGUCAUAGUGAUUGCCUGUACUUCCUCGAGCAAUACACUAGAGGUCGUCCAAGAGAUCUUGUGAGAAGCUGCCAGCAUAUGGACCCUAACAGGGGCUAUGCUCAAGCUAAAAUCCUAUUACAAGAACAUUUUGGGGAUGAACAGAGGGUUGCUGCUGCUUAUAUGGACAAGGCAUUGUCAUGGGCUCCAAUAAAAUCAGAGGACGUUAAAGCUCUCCAAGAUUAUAGCCUAUUUCUCAGAGGCUGCGCAAAUGCGAUGAACGAAGUGCAGUAUAUGUUUGAGAUGGAUAUGCCUGUUAACAUGCUGACAAUAAUAAAAAAACUGCCUUACAAGCUGAGGGAUCGAUGGAGGACAACUGCUUGUGAAAUACAAGAAAGACGUAACCAAGGGGCUACAUUUAAUGAUAUUGUCCAUUUCAUCGAAAGGCAAGCAAAGAUUCUAACAGACCCAGUAUUUGGAGACAUUCAAGACUCAUCACCAGCAGCAAACAGAGGCAUGAAUCGAACCAGCUUAAAACCUAGAUCUCGGCCAAAGGGAAGUAGUUUCGCUACAACAGUGACUACUGUACAGCACAAUUACACAGCAACAAAAGGAAGGAGGCCAGACACAACCUCAUCAGCCAAGAAAGUCUGUCUGUUUUGUGAGGGUGGGCACAUGUUGGAGUAUUGCUCUCGAAUGGAGAAGAUGACUCACACUGAAAAGAUCACCUUUUUAAGGGAAAAGGGAAUAUGCUUCGGCUGUUUGUGUAUAGGACACAUCAGCAAGGACUGUCGAAAGCGUCUAUCAUGUAAAGUGUGUAGUUUGAAACACCCCACAGUGCUUCACAUCCAUUCAAAGGAAAAGGACCCAGUGACAGAAGAAGAACCAGGCGCCGCAGUGGGCUGUGCUCUGGUAUCUAAUGGGCUGACUGGGGCUGGUGGCCAUGAGUGCAAGCUUCCUAUAGUUCCAGUAUUGGUUAAAUCCAAGAAAGGUAAUCAUGUAGUGGCUACUUAUGCCUUCCUGGAUCAAGGUAGCACGGCUGUUUUCUGCACAGUAAACCUCAUGAACAAGCUCAACCUCUCAGGAAAAAGGACAAGAAUCCUUUUGCGGACAAUGGGUCAGGAGAAGGUCGUUAACAGCUGUGUGGUCACGGGACUGGAGGUGGCCGGUUUGGACGGAGAGACGUACUGUGAUUUGCCCAACACCUAUACACAGGAGUGCAUGCCGGUGCAUAGAGGAAAUAUUCCACGUCAAAAGGAUCUCGAGAGGUGGGCAUACUUGAGAGAUGUUCACUUACCUGAUAUCGACUCCGAAGUUGAGCUGUUGAUUGGAACAAAUGUACCAAGGGCACUGGAACCAUUACAAGUCAUCCGUAGUGUGGACAAUGGACCGUAUGCCAUCAAGACUAUCUUGGGUUGGACUGUUAAUGGGCCACUGGGGGGAGACAGUGGCGAUGGAAUGGAUGUUGCGACCGUUAACAGAAUUUCAGUCCUGAACUUGGAGGAGCUCUGGCAGCAGCAGUUCAGAACAGAUUUCCCAGAAUGUGGCUACGAUGAGCAACCUGGCCAGUCAAGAGAGGACCAAAAGUUCAUGAAGUUGGUCCAGGAUUCAGCCAAGCUUGUAGAUGGUCAUUACCAGAUUGCAUUGCCCCUGCGAAGCUCCGUGACCAUGCCAAAUAACAAGAAGGUUGCCGAGCAGCGUGCUCUAAACCUGAAGAGGAGGUUCAAAAGGGACUCGUUAUUUCAUCAGCAGUACACUGAUUUCAUGAAUGAUAUGGUCACCAAGGGAUACGCAGAGCAAGUACCUUCAGAUGAGCUGGCACGUACUGAUGGAAGAUUGUGGUAUAUCCCACACCAUGGUGUGUAUCACCCACAAAAGGGAAAAAUCCGUGUGGUUUUUGACUGUGCUGCCACUUUCCAGUCGGCAUCUCUCAACGCUCAACUGCUGCAAGGGCCAGAUCUCACUAGCUCGCUGAUUGGCGUCCUGGCCAGAUUCCGGAAAGAACCGGUAGUGAUCAUGGCAGACAUAGAGUCCAUGUUUCACCAAGUAAAGGUGCCAAGGGAAGAUGCUGAUCUACUGAGGUUUCUCUGGUGGCCCAACGGUGACUGCACCCAAGACCUGGUAGACUUUAGAAUGAUGGUACAUCUUUUUGGUGCAACGUCCUCACCAAGUUGUGCUAACUUUGCAUUGAGGAAAUGUGCUAAGGACAAUGAAGAACAGUUCUGCCGAGAGACCAUUGAGAGGAUUCUGCACUGCUUUUAUGUGGACGAUUGUCUGGUAUCGACGGCCAGUGAGGAAGAAGCAGUGGCACUGUAUCAUGACCUGGUCUCUGUAUGUGCCAAAGGAGGCUUUAAGUUGACCAAAUGGAUGAGCAAUAGCCGUGCAGUGAUGGCAGCAAUUCCAGGGGACCAAAGAGCUAAGGGCAUGAAGGACCUGGAUUUGGACCAUGACCUGCUACCAGUGGAGAGGGUGCUCGGGGUGCAAUGGUGCAUCCAGUCUGAUGUCUUCAAGUUUAGAAUCCUGGUGCAGGACAGGCCCCUGACAAGGAGGGGGAUCCUCUCUGUCAUCAGUUCAGUAUAUGAUCCCCUAGGAAUCCUGAGUCCCAUUGUUCUUUCUGCCAAGAUCAUCCUGCAGGAGCUGUGUAGGCAAAGACUCGGUUGGGAUGACCCUAUACCACCAUCAGCUGCACAGGAAUGGACGAGCUGGUUAGAGGAGCUCCAUCAGUUAGAGCACUUCCAGGUUUCGCGGUGCCUUAAACCCCCAGACUUUGGUGAGGUCACUGUGGCGCAACUGCACCAUUUUACAGAUGCAAGUAAUAAUGGUUAUGGUGUAGUGACCUACCUUCUCCUGCGGAAUGCAUGUUCCCAGAUGCACAGCAGCUUUGUCAUGGGAAAGUCCAGGGUGUCUCCUUUGAAGCCAGUCUCAAUACCCCGCAUGGAGCUCACAGCUGCUACAAUGGCAAGCCGUCUGGACACCUUUUGGAAAAAGGAGUUGCACAUGUCAUUAAUAGAGUCAACAUUUUGGACUGACAGCACCUCUGUGCUGAAGUACAUCAGGAAUGAGACUUCCAGGUUCCGUACCUUUGUCGCCAACAGGGUAGCAGAAAUACUCAAAGUGUCAGAUCCAUCGCAGUGGAAGUAUGUAAACACCCUAAGCAAUCCUGCAGAUGUGGCCUCCAGGGGACUGAGGGUUGACAUGUUCCUGAGGAACAAGGCGUGGUUGUCAGGACCUGCAUAUCUCCUGCAACCUGAGCGAGACUGGCCUGUGAGUCCAGAUUGCUUGGGCGAACUCCUGCUGAACGAUCCAGAAGUCAAGGCCAGUGUGGCAGUGAAUGCAGUGCAGGCCUCAGAGGAUGUGGAUGCAACCACUCAACUAAUCCAUCAUUUUUCCUCUUGGACCCAUCUGAGAAGGGCUGUGGCUUGGUUUCUCAGGCUAAAAAACAUGCUGCGGGGUCUCAGCCAGAAGAGGACUGACUCUGCGUCCACUCAGUCGGAGUCAGGGAAACAACAAAGACCGUCCUCGGAGCUUGGAAAAGGAGGGUUCAAAGACCUGGCACCGAGAGGUUUCCUCACGGUAGACGAGUUGCAGGUAGCUGAAAAGGAAAUCAUCAGGUUUUGUCAGAGGAAGAGGUUUCCUGAUGAACUCUCUAGUUUGCAGAAGGGCGAAAGUGUGAAAAGGAGAAGUCACAUCUUCAAGCUCGCUCCUGUGUUGGAGGAUGGUAUCCUGAGGGUUCGUGGUCGGUUGAGCCGAGCAGCCUUACCUGAAGACGCAAAACACCCUGCCAUUCUGACCAAAGAGCUCCACAUUUCAGACGUUCUCCUAAGACACAUACAUCAACAAGUUGGUCAUGGAGGACGCAACUACAUGUUGUCCAAACUACGUGAAAGAUACUGGAUUCCUGGGGUCAGCACAGCCAUAAGGAGAAUUUUGUCAAAGUGUGUUGUCUGCCGCAGGUUGCAAGCUGCCCCAGGGUGUCAGCUGAUGGCUGAUCUUCCUGUUGACAGGGUCUGCCCAGACAAACCUCCAUUCACCAGAGUCGGUGUGGACUACUUUGGACCAUUCGAGGUUAAGAGCCGGAGGAGCAUUGUAAAGAGAUAUGGAGUCAUGUUCACCUGUUUGGCAAUACGGGCUGUUCAUAUCGAAGUGGCUCCUUCGCUGGAUACAGACGCCUUUAUUAAUGCACUACGACGAUUCAUGGCAAGACGUGGCCAAGUCCAAGAAAUUCGAUCAGACAAUGGAACGAACUUUAUUGGAGGAGAGCGUGAGCUGAGAGAGGCUAUCAGAGGUUGGAAUCAAGCUCAGAUAAAUGGUGUUCUUCUUCAGAAGGAGGUGAAAUGGAUUUUUAACCCCCCAGCUGGAUCGCACCAUGGUGGUGCCUGGGAAAGGUUGAUCAGAUCAGUGCGCAAGGUCUUGAACUCCAUCUUGAAAGUUCAAAAUCUGGAUGAGGAGGGAUUGCACACUGUCCUCUGUGAGGUGGAAGCAGUCAUUAACGGCCGUCCAAUUACUAAGGCCUCAACCGACCCUAACGACCUCGAAGCUCUGACGCCUAACCAUCUCUUGCUGUUGAAAACCUCUCCUUCCCUGCCACCUGGGCAGUUUCAAAGAGAUGACAUCUACGCUCAUCGACGCUGGAGGCAGGUCCAGUACAUGUCUGAUUUAUUUUGGAAGCGAUGGACUAAGGAGUAUUUGCCACAGUUGCAGGAACGUCAGAAGUGGACUGGUAUCAAGCGCAACUUUGUAGAAGGGGACGUUGUGCUUAUUGUGGAUGAAACAGCACCACGGAACUCGUGGGUCAUGGGAAGGGUUAUCCAAACCUUCCCAGACAGAAGAGGAUUUGUGCGACGGCUGCAGAUCAAGACCAAGACCAGCUCCUUGGAAAGGCCCAUAACCAAAGUCUGUCUUCUGCAGGAAUCGGACGCCUGACUCUUCCGUUCUGGGAGGACAGUUUGAUUAACUUUACUGACCGACAGCACGACAUGACUUUCCUCCGUGAAGCUGUGUGUCUGAACUUUUGAACUUUUGAACUUGGCUAGACUUGACUUGUGUUCCAGGAAGAAGAGCACAUUGAUGAACUGUAUUGAUGGACUAUUACAAGAACAUUGGUGGAUUUCGUGGUUCGUUUAUUUGUCAUAGUGUAAUUAUUAUAAUGGUAAUAAUUAGGGGCUGGGUUGUAGGUGCCAUAUGCAGAAGUGGUUAGGUUUGUGUGUGUUGACAUCAACUGUCUGGGCUGCACCUUUCAUGCACGUCACGAGGGGGUGUGGUCAAGGCGCGAUGAUUGAAUGAUUGAAUGAAUGGACAUAUAGUCACCUGGGUGCUGCGGCGGCUGCAUGGAGAGGGGGUGAGUAGGGAGAGCGUAUUUUUUGUUGACCGCUUGAUUUAAACAUCAAACUAAGCCCAUAGAUCAUCUUGCCUUGCCUUGCCUUGCCCUGUCUGUCUGUUUGUGCGGCGUUGGAAAUAAAUGUGAACUCAGUCGGAAAACACGGAAAUGGCUUGUGGUUUGUGUAGCGAGUCACCAAUGCGGAAGCUCCCUCACUUAGCCUCUCAGUGACUGUGUUUUCGUUCCUAGUCACUAUAAACAAUUUCAGCAUGACAUGCCUGUUUGGCGGCGAUGGUGGUGCCUGUUGCUCCUGGAGAACAAUUCUUUGAACAGGUAGACAGUUUAAGUAAACUAGAUGUCCUAAUUAACUGGAAGACAAUCAAUAUAUUGUACUUAAAGACAUAUUGUCAUUACAGUUGUGGGAAAAUCUUCGCCCACUGGACCAAAGAAUGUCAAGAGCUCAUUGCUGGAAAGCAUACUCCGGUCUUCAGUCUAAAGAGGAAGGCAGAGCAGCAGGACAUAGAGGUUAGAAAAUUGCCUUGUAAAAACAGUAUUAUCUCAGUGGGAGUCCUUCAAAAUGCACACAGUUGUAUGGAUCAACAUUGUCUCGAUGUAUUUGGUAAUUGAUGUUACUUUUCAAAUUGCCUUGUCAAGGAAACCAUGACGCAGACGGUAUCGGAUGUCCAAAGGAUGUGCAUGGCAGAUUCAAUGCAAUUCUGUGUCUACCAGACAUCGAACAACACAGGAGAGAGGUGUGUUGCAGACUCAAUUUAAUAUAUGCAAUUAUCGGGGCCUAUUCAGUGAUUUUCCAUGAAGUGACCACUUUUACAUAUAGUUUAAAUGCACGAAUCAUGCAGGAAAAUUAUUUAUACAUUCAAAUGUGCUGCAGAGGUAUAAUCAAUUGGACAGCGUGUUUGUUUAAUAUUAUGUUUGUCUCUCAUUUGAUCAGAUUGCUUUACCCUGAGGUAAACGUCAUAAAAUGGGUCCAGUGCAAGACGUGCAGGGGCUGGCUGCAUCAGGAUUGUGCUGGGAUUGAAAUGGAGCCGUUUGACUGCGGGUGCGAGGACUCCAUUGAGCAUCAUCGGUAUAACAUAAUUUAUCAAGGAAACAUAGUAUCAGUCAAAAAUACGAGGCUCAAAGGAUGAAAAAAUGAGGGCUUGCUCUUUUCUUAUUUCUCUGCAGGAUCAAGGAUGCUGUUGACAGUUGAGGAAUUCAUGCUGUCUUUUCUAAGACACAGAUCAAGGUUGCUUUUGAAUGCACUAUCAGUUGUUAAAGCCACCGUUUCUUUUUCAGAUGAUUACAUUUUUGUCUCUUGCUCUUUGGUUUCAGACAUUACACGAUGAUCUACUGUCUGGAAAGAUCCGCUCCAACAGAAUGUUCCUUUGGAGGAAUCCCGCCACCUCACUCCGACUAAAGCAGCAUCUUAAGAUAAGGACACUAAGUUGGAGUGAGCAGCGCGUAAGUAAAAAUGCCAUCCAUCAUGAGUAUUUUUACUCUCAGGGGUGUUACAUUUGAAAGGUGUUUACUUUCUGUGUUUUUCUUCAAUAGAUGUUCGAGCUCCUGCGGUUCAUUGAGGUGGCAACAAACAUUUCUAAAAAAAUAAAGAGAGGCGAGAUUUAUCUGCUUGAUUUCGUUUUUGACGUCAUGCUCCCAGAGGUGAGUAGAUCAAACUAUAUAGCUUGCUUUGAAAAUUGAUGAUAUUGUUAAGAGGUUGUUCUUAUUCAUUUGGAAAGCUCAAGAACAACAAUUAACCCAUACUGCAUAACUUCAAUUGUUCACAUUAUUUGACUGUUUUUCAGCUUUUGAUCAAAGCACUGAAGGAGCAUGGCAUCAACCGGUUCAGAGCAGAGCUGAUGAUGGCCUGUGGCAACGUGUUUUAAGCCCCCCACCACACCGACGGCAGUGCUGAAUUUUGUAUAUAUAUAUAUUUUUUUUUUACUGUUCACAAUUUUGUUUGGAAAAAAUUAAAGAAAUCUUCAAAGCAGUUGUAUGACAAUUUCCCAUUUCUUUACACAGUCUGUAAUGAUAUCGCUAUUCAAUUGUUUUUGCUAUAUGGCUCUUCUGAACCUUAAAGAGAUCAUGUGACUUGUCUCUACAACUAUUGUAUACUUGGAUUUUGCACAGUCAAGCAAUCCUGAAGAGGUUCACCAGGAAGCACACCAUUUCAUAAAUCAUGUCCCUGGUUACACAAUGUUACUAAAGGAUGGGGGGAGUAAAUUUGUGCAGCAACAUAAGCACUCUCAUAAAACAUAAUUAUGAACAACAGAAAAUAUGUGAGGGUCAGGGCAACAUUGUUGACAUUAAACGAGGUCCUAAUAGGAGUGGAGAAACAAGGUCACAGAGAAGUUAAGAAACAUUGAUGUGCUGUGUAAUAAAGCUAUUGGAGAGAAAAGUUAGAAAACACUGUUAUAUGAUGUGUAACGAGAGGUUAAAACAGUCCAUACUUGUAGCAAACUCUUACAAAAGAAUUUGAGUAAGAUGAUAACUUCUACAUACAUUUACCUAUUCUGACAAAUUAUCAGAAUAUGAGGACAUCAGGCUAUAUAUACAUAUUACUGUAAACUUCAGAAUUAAAUCAGAACAAAACAGUAGUCAUAGUUAAUACAUAAACGUUUUAUUUUGAUUUUUAGCUCAAUAAUAAAUUUAAUUCGAUUCUUAUGGAAUGAACGGAGCAAAAAAAAAAGGAUCCGGCGACUAAAUCCGACUACCUGAAGUAUUUCGGCGCCGGAAGUCCGCCAACGAGAAAGCCUUUCCACCGGAAGUAAUUGUUUUGGGUCCGCCAAUCGGAGGUAAUGCGGAAACUUAUUGCGUUUUGUAAAUGUGGUUUUCUAUCUUUGGGUCCGCCAUCUUGCGCUGCAUCUGGUCACCUCUCAAAUAUUUAGCUAAUAUGCAAAUUCACGGUCGGAAACCGGAAGUGCCAAAAUAAAAGCUCCUAAGGCCAUAUUGAUGAUUCUUGUGUCGAAAAAAACCCCGAAUUAAAACCAAUUCAAGGGGAGAACAAAUACUUGGGGUGACGUUUCGUGUUUAUAACUACCUACAAUAGCAACAGCAACAACAAAAACUUUAUUAGAAAGACUCGAGUUUUCAGUGUCGCUUCUCCGUGUGGCGCGGACACUGUACAAACACACGCACACACACAUGCAGGCGCACACAUGAUAGUGGAAGUGGAAAAUCCGCCCAAAAAAAAACCACACAAGAUGUGCAGACAACCUGCGCCAGACUCUUCUAAAUGGCAGUCAAUGAAUUAAAUUAAGCUAAUAAAUAAAUAAAUGAACAAAUGACCCAAAAGACAAAGUAGCAAAAGAGAUCAUGGAGAGUUUCAAACCCCGGUUUCCUGCGUCCGAGUCAUACGCGCAACCC